AACCUGACAGCGAUCGAAGUGGCUUGCGUUUCUCGGCCACGGAUGAUCGCGCCUGGUAUUUUUAUUCCUAUGGAAAAGUGCACGAUUAUCGCCGACGGUGUGCUUACGCUUUAAAGAAAUGGUGUGAGCAUUGAGCUGGUGAGAGACAGACACCAGGAGCCCGUCCGACGCCGAGCUGUCUGGUAAGAGCUGGGCCCCUCGAACCCGGGGCCUGAAGGCCGAGCAGAGCGUGGCGUGAAGAGAGAGCAGCAAUGCCCCCACCCUCUGACAUCGUGAAGGUGGCCAUCGAGUGGCCCGGGGCCAACGCUCAGUUCAUCGAGAUCGACCAGAAGAAGCCGUUGUCCUCCAUCGUCCGGGAGGUGUGUGACGGCUGGUCUCUGUCAAGCUCGGAGCAGUUUGCGCUGCGCUACGCCGACGGCCCACAGCUGUAUAUCACUGAGCAGAGCCGUGGGGAAAUCAAGAAUGGCACCAUCCUACGACUGGCCAUAUCUCCGACCCGUGCCGCGAGACAGCUCCUGGAGAGGAUCCAGUCCCACGGGAUCGACGCACGCCUCGAGGCCCUGAAGGAGCUGGCCAAGCUAUCUGCCGACCCAACCUUCGCUACCGAGUUCAUCAACCUGGAGGGCAUCGGGACCCUGGCCCGCCUGGUGGAGAGCGGCACGCACUUCGGCGAGAUGCUGGCCUUCACUCUGACUGCCUUCCUGGAGCUCAUGGACCAUGGCAUCGUGUCCUGGGACCUCAUCUCUCUGUCCUUCAUUAAGCAGAUCGCCGGCUACGUCAACCAGCCCAUGGUGGACGUGUCCAUCCUGCAGCGCUCGCUGGCCAUCCUGGAGAGUAUGGUGCUGAACAGCCACAACCUCUACCACCGGGUGGCGCAAGAGAUCACCGUGGGACAGCUCAUCGCGCACCUGCAAGUGUCCAAUCAGGAAAUCCAGACGUAUGCCAUCGCUCUCAUCAAUGCCCUGUUCCUCAAAGCCCCUGAGGACCGGCGCCAGGAGGAACAUAUUAACCUGCAGGACCUCCGCCUCACCGAAAUGGCAAGCAGCCUGGCCCAGAAGCACCUGAGGUCCAUCAUCCUCAACCACAUCAUUCACGGGAACCGGCCAAUCAAAGCCGAGAUGGCGCAUCAGCUGUACGUGCUGCAGGUGCUCACCUUUAAUCUCCUGGAGGAGCGCAUGAUGACCAAGAUGGAUCCCAGUGAUCCGACGCAGAGGGACAUCAUCUUCGAGCUGCGCCGGAUCGCAUUUGACGGGGCCAAUGACCCCGGCAACACGGAGAAACGCAAAGCCAUGCACACGAAGGACUACAGGAUGCUGGGCUUCACGAACCAUGAGAACCCAGCUGUGGACUUCAUGCAGACCCCCCCGGGGGUGCUGGCGCUGGACAACAUGCUGUACCUGGCCAGGCUGCACCAGGACACCUACAUUCGGAUCGUCCUGGAGAACAGCAGCCGUGAGGACAAGCACGAGUGUCCCUUCGGCCGCUGCGCCAUCGAGCUGACGCGCAUGCUCUGUGAAAUCCUUCAAGUGGGUGAGCUGCCGAAUGAGGGAUGCAAUGACUACCACCCCAUGUUCUUCACGCACGACCGGGCCUGGGAGGAGUUCUUCUGUGUCUGCAUCCAGCUGCUCAACAAGACCUGGAAGGAGAUGAGAGCUACAGUGGAGGACUUCAACAAGGUCAUGCAGGUGGUCCGGGAGCAAAUCACCAGAGCCCUGGCCAUGAAGCCGUCGUCACUGGACCAGCUGAAGAGCAAACUGCGGGGACUCAACUACUCGGAGAUACUGCGCCUGAGACAGUCUGAGCGAAUGAGCCAGGAUGACUUCCAGUCCCCACCAAUCAUUGAGCUACGUGAGCGCAUCCAACCUGAGAUCCUAGAGCUGAUCAAGCAGCAGCGUCUCAACCGGCUGUGUGAGGGAAGCUGUUUCCGGAAAGUCGGAAACCGCCGGCGGCAAGACAAGUUCUGGUUCUGCCGCCUGUCCCUCAAUCACAAGGUGCUGCACUAUGGCGACCUGGACGAGCCCCCCCAGGGUGAAGUGCCUUACGAACUGCUCACCGAUAAGAUACCUGUGUCUGACAUAAAGUCUGUGGUGACAGGGAAGGAUUGUCCUCACAUGAAGGAGAAGACUGCACUGAGGCAGAACAAGGAUGGUCUAGAACUUGCUUUCUCCAUCCUCUAUGACCCUGAUGAAGCUCUGAACUUUGUCGCCCCAAACAAAUAUGAGUACUGCAUCUGGAUCGACGGGCUGUGCGCGCUGCUGGGCAGGGAGAUGGGCAGCGACCUCACACGCAGCGACCUUGACACACUCAUCAGCAUGGAGAUGAAGCUCCGCCUCCUGGACCUGGAGAACAUCGCCAUUCCCGAGGCCCCGCCCCCCGUGCCAAAGGAGCCCAGCACCUACAACUUCACCUACAAUUAUGGCUGAAGGCGUGGGUGGGAGGGCUUAGGAAGGGUGAGGGAAGGGGGAAGAAGAGAGAUUCAGCCCCCGCCCCUACAGGCCUCCUCUGUAACACUAUGUAAGAGGAGAACUUCAGUGGGGCAAAGAAAAAUGAAACCAUUUUGACAAUAUGCAGUCUCUUCUCGAUUCAUGCCCUUACAUGUGUUUCUAAAAGGGUUGUUCUAUUAAUACCGUAAUCCAACACUAUUGAGCCUUAUCAGCUGCAGUAUCAAGAUUUGUCAAGUAUUUUUUUAAUUUAAUUUUUUUUUCUUGCGUUAAUCCAUGGCUUUACCAAUGUUCUAACCAAGCUGUUCCGCAGCUUAUCCGCGUUGACCGGUACUGUAGAGGUUGGGUCUUUCUAAGGUUACUGUCACCAGUAGCUGUCCCUUUUCUGUCCGCUAAUUCUGUACUAAUCUCCAUUGAUUUUAUUAUGCAGAAUAGAUUCUAUUUUUGUAAAGGAAUAUAUGAACCGAGCCCAGCAUUGAAAGGGAUCUUUAUUCUGAGUAACCUCAGCCUUUCAGCCUGAUGUCCUUUGAAAAUGUGUGGAAAAAGCGUGUAUAGACACCUUCUUCAUAAUUCUCAGAUAGCUAUAUAAUGAAUUGCCUGUUUGUUUGAUGUAAACACUAGAAAUCUACAACAUCCUCGUUAUCUGCCCUCUGUAAACGCUGUAGUUGCCCCUGUGGACUGUGUGUUGAACCGCUGUACAAAGACCAGCUACCAUGAAAUCGUCACAAUGGUCCUCAGCAAGACUGAUUUGCCUUUUGCACAGUAAUUGUUGAGAGGUGUAAGUGAGAAAAGUGAGUAUAAGAACAAUAAAGUAAAAAUAGACAAAACAGUCACCUGCGAUAUAUAUUAAAAAUAAAUUGAGAAGAACACUAUAUUAGAGCCUGUGUGGUUGAGAUGGGAGGUAUGUCAUUCCUGCAAGUCUUUUGUUACAUUAAAGUUCAUUGCAUGAAGUGCAUCUGCUUUUUGUAGCUCCUGGCUACACCUGAGGGGUGUUCCACAAAACAGGAUUUCUCACUUAGCAGGGUUAAAUUAAGCUGAAGUCAUGAUUGUUCAAUAAAAGUUUAGGUAAGGAGCAUUCCUAUUGGACUUCUGACUUCUGUCUUAAGCUAACUGAGAAGCCCUGCGUUGCGGAAUGCUACCCAGGUGAACCUCAGUGUGGGGUGGUACCUGGCUGUAGCCUGUAAUUUAACAUGUUAGCUUUGGGUAUGGACAUCUAUAUGCAUUGUGAUGUCGCCCCUUAUGACACAUUGCUCUGUGCCAGUGUGGUAAUUUAUGUAUGAAGCCUAUAUUCUGCAGUCACGGAGGAUGAUGUAUGAAACAUCUCCAUGGGACAUGGGAGUCAAAGUAAACCACGUCUAUGAUCGCAUGGAUCUGUGUGUAACCCGUGUGUGUGCUUGCGGAUUCACAUGGUUCGACAUUUUUCCUGGUCUAAGUUGUGACGGCAUGAGUUCUGCCUACCAACGCCAUCAAUUCUCUAAGGCUUUACAAGCAACACAUUGCUUAGAAAUUGUGAAAUGGAGUGUGGCUGGUUUAUUCCUGCUGGUCAGAUUUGUGUUGCCUGUUUUUUUUUUCUCUUCUCAUAAAGAGACCUUCUGUAGCAGUCCUGAGUAAUAUAAAUGUGUGUAUGUGAUCAGCCAAAAAGGGGCGCUGAGGAGCCCUUGGACUCUUGCUUUGUGGUCAGACUUCUCCUGCAAAGUAGCAGGUACCCUAAUGUUUACAGAACUAGAAGUCUAACAAAAACGUUGUAGGUCUGCAUGCCAGGAGGGGACAUUUUUGUUGUACCCACAAGAAAGUUAAAUAUUCUAAUCUAUAAUUCUGAUCUAUAAAUACAUACAGCGAUUUUAUAAAUGGGUUAAAAUGCUGAACUGUAAGCCUUAAAUUGCUUUUGGAUAUUGCGGAGUAACAGAGUGAUUGUUAUAGUGAUAAAAAUACAAAAUAAUGUUUUCUUCCUAGGCCUGUCAUGUGUUCUGGGAACUCAUUCUGAUAGGCUUAUAAAGAAAUAGUCUGACCAUAGGACUUUUUAAACGUUUUGCAAUCUCUAACACAGGGUGCCUAAUCUAAACUGCACAGACACAUCCCACCGCAUGAACAAGAUACUUCUAAAGAAUAUACUGACAUUAUGGAGCUUCUUUAGCAGAGUUUUUCCGCUUCUGGUCACCCCAUUCCAAAGACAUUACAGGUUCCCCAGCUGUAAUACCCAAAAGGUGUAUAAUGUCAUAACAGAUACUGUGUUGAUCUGCUAUAACAAAGGGACUCGUUAAGGGAAAUCUGUUAUAUACAAUCUAAGGGACCGGACAUUGUAUAGUGGCUGUGAAUUUUGGUACCAUUUAACAUUAUUUCAUACUUAAGUAAUUUCUUGUGAAUGCUAGUAGUUAUAGUGAAUGACAUGAGGUGUUGAAAUAAAAUAUAUUGUAUAACCAUACAUAUAUGCAUAAAUAUAUAUACAUAUAUAUAUAUAUCUAUAAAUAUAAAUCUGUAUAUUUUGUGUUGCCUUACUGAGACAAUUGUACCGAGUGAAUAAAUCAAAGUUCUACUGUU